AUGAACACUACACAUCAAAGAAAUAUGCGAGUCGACCGGAUAAAGACGAGGAAAGGUUCAAAAACCAACCAAACUGUAGCGGAUGCCAUGAUGGAUAUUUACAUGCUGAAGAAACCAUUAGUACAACAGUUGAAAAGACAUAAUGCAUUCCAUUUGUUUGAUGAUGAGACGCCAGUUGAAAAAUUCGGUGAGAAGUACGAUGCAUCGUUAUUUCUGUUCGGUUCUUCGUCGAAAAAGCGACCAAACAGUCUCAUAUUUGGACGAACUCAUGAUGGACACAUAUUGGACAUGGCUGAGCUGAGCAUUGUCAAAUUCAAGGCAUCUAAAGAUUUCGAGACUCCAAAAACUAUGGUUGGAUUGAAGCCAUGCAUCAGUCUUGAAGGCCCAGAGUUCGAAUCUGAUCCCAGCAUGAAGAGGAUCGGUAAUUUGUUGGUGGAUUUCUUCAAAGGUCCCACAGUCGAGAUGGUGCGAUUGCAAGGAUUGGAACUGCUUAUUUCAUUCACGGCCAAGGAGAAUAUGAUCUAUAUGAGGGUAUACAGAGUUUUGCUGAUGAAAAGCGCUACCAAUGUUCCAAGAGUGGAACUCCUUGAAAUGGGACCAUCGAUUGACUUCAAAGUGGAUAGAACAAAACUUGCUAGUGAUGAUUUAUUCAAAGCAGCAUGUAAAAAGCCAAAGGCGCUUAUGGCCAAACGAAGAAAGAACAUGUCUGAGGACGUAUUUGGUAAUCAGCUAGCCCGAGUUCACAUAGGAAAACAAAACACUGACGCAAUUCAAACAAGGUAUGAAGUAUCAAUUUAUUUUGUUUACGAUACUGAGCAAGGCAUGGAGGAGUAA